GUAUUUUGUUUCAGGUACCGGAGUCAUUUGCUAAGUCCUUUCCCAGUGACUUUUUUCUCUCUUGAAAUAGAUGACUUGCAGGAGACAAUAGGACAUCAAAAAAUUUUGUGCAGUUUACAUGUGUUAUGCCUUUUUAAAAAGUCUCUGCUGCACAUGAUCCCAGAUUAGUUUAUGAAGCUGACUAGGGGGGUGUACGGGUAUGUUUGAAAGAAUUUGAAAAGCACAUAAGACCAUGUAAAAGUUAGAAAGGAAGGCCGUCUGAAAAUGGUUGCUACAGGCUUUGUUUAAUUUCUUUUUAAGAAACUGAAGAAGUUUUCAAAGUGAAGAAAUCAAGUUAUAGCAAAAAGAUAGUAAAAUUACUUAAGAAGGAAUAUAAAGAAGAUCUUGAAAAAUCGAAGAUUAAAACAGAACUCAACUCGUCAGCCGACAAUGAACCACCUUUGGACAAAACAGGACAUGUCAAGGACUCCAGCCAAGAAGACGGUGUAGUUAUCAGUGAGCAUGGUGAAGAUGAAAUGGACAUGGAAAGCGAGAAGGAGGAAGAAAAGCCCAAGGCUGGCGGCGCCUUUUCCAAUGCUCUGUCGUCUCUGAAUGUUCUCCGUCCAGGAGAAAUCCCGGAUGCAGCUUUCAUACACGCUGCGAGGAAGAAGCGCCAGAUGGCCCGGGAGCUGGGAGACUUCCCUCCGCACGACAGCGAGCCUGGAAAGGGCCGGCUUGUGCGAGAGGACGAGAACGACGCCAGCGACGACGAGGACGACGACGAGAAGCGCCGCAUAGUGUUCUCUGUGAAGGAGAAGUCCCAGAGGCAGAAGAUCGCCGAGGAGAUAGGUAUUGAGGGGAGUGAUGACGAUGCUUUAGUCACUGGGGAACAAGAUGAGGAGCUCAGCCGAUGGGAACAGGAGCAGAUAAGAAAAGGAAUUAAUAUCCCUCAGGUUCAAGCCAGCCAGCCCACGGAAGUGAAUAUAUACUACCAGAACCCUUACCCGGCUUUGCCUUACGGCUCAUCCUACGGCAUUCCUUACAGUUACACAGCCUAUGGAUCCUCUGACGGCAAAGCUCAAAAAACAGAUAAUACAGCCCCUUUCAAAACUCCCAGUAAUGAGAUGACUCCCGUUACUAUUGAUUUGGUAAAGAAACAGCUUAAAGACAGGUUGGACUCCAUGAAAGAAGUGCACAAAACAAACCGUCAGCAGCAUGAGAAACAUCUGCAAAGCCGCGUGGACUCCACCAGGGCCAUUGAGAGAUUAGAAGGGUCUUCUGGGGGUAUUGGUGAACGGUAUAAGUUUUUGCAAGAAAUGCGAGGGUAUGUCCAAGACUUGCUUGAGUGUUUCAGUGAAAAGGUGCCACUGAUUAAUGAACUUGAAUCAGCAAUACAUCAGCUGUACAAACAGCGCGCCUCCCGCCUUGUCCAAAGACGACAAGAUGAUAUUAAAGAUGAAUCUUCGGAGUUUUCAAGCCAUUCAAAUAAGGCUCUGAUGGCACCUAAUCUCGAUUCCUUUGGACGGGAUCGGGCCCUGUAUCAGGAGCAUGCAAAGAGGCGGAUUGCGGAGCGGGAGGCCAGGAGGACACGUCGACGACAAGCCAGAGAGCAAACCGGCAAGAUGGCAGAUCACCUUGAAGGCCUUUCCAGUGACGACGAAGAAACGUCUACAGAUAUCACAAAUUUCAAUCUGGAGAAAGAUCGCAUUUCCAAAGAGUCCAGCAGGGUUUUCGAAGAUGUCCUAGAGAGUUUCUGUUCGAUCGACUGUAUUAAGUCCCAGUUUGAAGCAUGGCGCUCAAGAUACCACGCGUCCUAUAAGGACGCUUACAUUGGCCUGUGCUUGCCCAAGUUGUUCAACCCCCUCAUACGGCUGCAGCUGCUCACCUGGACUCCUCUUGAGGCCAAAUGUCGGGACUUUGAGACUAUGCUGUGGUUUGAAUCUCUGCUGUUCUACGGCUGUGAGGAGCGGGAGCAGGAGAGGGAGGACGUGGAUGUCGCACUGCUGCCCACCAUUGUGGAGAAGGUGAUCCUCCCUAAGCUCACAGUGAUCGCCGAAAACAUGUGGGACCCCUUUUCCACAACCCAGACUUCAAGGAUGGUCGGAAUUACGUUAAAAUUAGUAAACGGGUACCCUUCAGUAGCGAAUGCAGAAAACAAAAACACUCAGGUAUACCUGAAAGCCCUUUUAUUGAGAAUGAGAAGAACUUUAGAUGAUGAUGUAUUCAUGCCCUUAUAUCCCAAAAAUGUCUUAGAAAACAAGAACUCUGGACCUUACUUGUUUUUUCAACGACAGUUUUGGUCUUCAGUUAAGCUCUUAGGGAAUUUCCUCCAAUGGUAUGGCAUUUUCUCGAAUAAAACUCUUCAGGAGUUGUCAAUAGAUGGUUUAUUAAAUAGAUACAUUCUCAUGGCUUUUCAGAAUUCGGAAUAUGGAGAUGACAGCAUCAAGAAAGCCCAAAAUGUAAUCAAUUGUUUCCCCAAGCAGUGGUUCAUGAAUCUGAAAGGAGAAAGAACCAUUUCUCAGUUAGAAAACUUCUGUCGAUACCUUGUACACUUAGCAGAUACAAUUUACAGAAACAGCAUCGGAUGCUCUGAUGUGGAGAAAAGAAAUGCAAGGGAAAACAUAAAACAAAUAGUGAAGCUCCUUGCAAGUGUCCACGCUCUGGAUCACGCCGUGUCUGUCGCAAGCGAGCACAAUGUGAAAGAAGUUAAGUCUUUGAUGGAAGGAAAAUAGACCUGAGAGU